AACUCCCGAAGUCCUCGUCGGUUCACUUCUGGACGACAGAGCGAGCCGCCGUAAAAUCUCAUACAAACUAUCGCUCCUCCUCAAUCAACCGAAUGUUGACGUUUACAACAGGGACUACAGCCCGCUCCGCUACAGCUUGCUGACAACACGGGCUGGACUUUCCAGCCGAGACUUGAGGGAGAAACGUCUAGUGCAAUUCCAGCAAGAUAAGGUUGAAUGUAUCAAAUUUCGGAAGUGGUCGACAGUAACGACAGAGUCCCCAUGAUGACAGGCAGGACAAGGAGAUCAACCAUCGGCCCCACGCCAGCGGGGGGCAUUUCGAAACAAGCCAAUGGCAGCAAGCAGAGCAGCGCAGGGGAAAAAACGCCAAGCCAUCCGAGCCAUAGCAACGGGAAGGUGAAGAAGGAAAAACAGGUGCACGAGCCGGUCAGGACACCACAGGAGAGGAGUACAAUCUGCGAAAGACUCAGCUGCCAUGUCCUCCAGGAGUCCCUGCUCAGCUCAGCCAGUGGAUACAGUAACUAUAGAGGCAUCCUCAACUGGUGUGUGGUUAUGCUGGUCUUGAGCAAUGCACGCCUUUUCCUGGAGAAUCUCCUAAAAUAUGGGAUAUUGGUGGACCCCAUCCAAGUUGUUUCACUGUUCUUAAAAGACCCAUAUAGCUGGCCUGCACCAUGCCUUGUCAUUGUCUCCAACGUAUUCAUAAUGGCAGCUUUGUACACGGAGCGGAGGCUAUCUGUGGGCACCAUCUCAGAGACGACUGGAACAUUCCUUUACUUGGUCAAUCUGACUACCCUCCUCUGUUUCCCAUCAGCCACUGUGCUCACGCUGACCUCCAUGACCCCAGCUGGUGGAGUCUUUGCCCUGGGUGUGUACACCAUCCUCUUCAUGAAGCUGUACUCCUAUAAAGACGUUAACAUGUGGUGCAGAGAGAUUAGACAUACCAAAGCCCGCACCCUGACCCGCUCCCAUUCAUGUCCAUCUGUGGCCCAGUCAAAUGGAUCAGCUGUACAUUCUCAUGUGUCCUACCCUGGGAAUCUCACACACAGAGAUAUAUAUUACUUUGUGUUUGCCCCAACACUCUGCUAUGAGCUGAACUUCCCCCGGUCACCACGGAUACGCAAGAGCUUCCUGUUGAGGAGACUCUUUGAGAUGCUUUUCUUCAUACAGUUACUGAUUGGAUUGGUACAACAGUGGAUAGUGCCGACGAUUCAGAAUUCCAUGAAACCAUUCCAGGAUAUGGACUUUUCCAGAAUGAUGGAGCGCAUGUUGAAACUGGCUGUUCCCAAUCAUUUAAUCUGGCUCAUCUUUUUCUAUUGGUUUUUCCACUCUUCCAUGAACUUCGUAGCUGAGCUGAUGCAGUUUGGAGACAGGGAGUUUUACCGGGACUGGUGGAACUCUGAGACGGUCACUUACUUCUGGUCUAACUGGAACAUUCCUGUGCACAAGUGGUGCCUCCGCCACUUUUACAAGCCCAUCAUGAGGAGGGGAGUGAAUAAGUGGGUCGCCCAGACGGCCGUCUUCCUGGUCUCCGCCUUCUUUCACGAGUACUUGGUGAGCGUUCCUCUGAAAAUGUUCAGACUGUGGGCGUUUAUGGGCAUGAUGUCUCAGAUCCCACUCGCCUGGUUUGUUGGCCGCUUCCUGAGAGGUAACCAUGGCAACGCUGCGGUCUGGAUCUCGCUCAUCAUUGGCCAGCCCGUCGCCGUGCUGAUGUACGUCCACGACUACUAUGUAAUACAUUACAUGUCACAAUCAUGAACGGUUGGUGGCAAGCAGAGGAGCAAUAUAUAAUACUAAAGGACAAAUUGAAUGUCAAAUGUUUACUUUGAAAGGGAAAUAUUAUAUGAAGCUUGACUGAAUAGUAAGAAUUUUACACUAAGUAAAUAGUUUGAACUCCAGAAACAAUUUCUCUAAUGCACUUAUACAUCAGAGACUUGGCUCCCUUCCUAUCAUUGCUGUGAAACACUGCCCUGACAAAACUAGAGAACAUUUUUGUAGGCCUUUUCUCUGUUUCUUACUUAGUCUACAAUUAUGAAGAUCAACGCAGACAUUCCUAUAGAUAAACCUUACUAUCGAAGUGCUGCUUUUUCUCAUGCGUUUGACAUGUCUUUUUUGCCUUUGAUUAAAUGACCUGAGUAAUUUAUUUGAAGUUGUGUGAACUCAUGUGGCUGCAGUAAUAACCAGUCACCUGUAUUGUGCAUAAGUCAAGCCAAAUCUGUUAUUACACUUGUGAAACUGUGUUUGCACUACAUUGCAUGCUGUUUGCUAAUAAACUUUUUUUGGUUUUUUUGCUAUAAUCUUUGUAAAUUAUAUAAAUGGAACUGGUGGAGUUGUUGCACAUGCAGCUAAGAAAAAUAUGGAAAUGUCUGUUCUACUCCAUUACAACCAACUAAUUGCAGCAUUACCACAAAUGGAAGGGGCAAGUAGAAGGGGGAGAAAGUAAGGAACUUGUCUGUCGGCGCUGCGUUAAAGACCAAUUGUGGUAAAUAGAAAGUACACCAGUUUCAUUUUAAGGACCAAGAAAAAUGUACAGCUGUGCCAUAUACUGCAAAAUAGCUAGGAAGAGAUUAUUGUACCGAUUCCAUGGCACAUGUUUAUGAACUGAUACACAAAACGUUGGAUUCAAAACUUUGUUUUUCAAUUAAAAUGAUUAUACAAAAUUCUUGCAACCCAAUAGAAUGUUAUAGGGGAUACAACCAUCCCAGCUCUGCAUAUUGUGCUGCGAAGAGACAAUCAUUAUCAUUUGUUUUGGUACUGUCCAUAUGUAGCUUGUUUUUGGUCACGGGUUCAGGAAUGGCUGAGUUAACUCCCCCAGGUAAAUGUUGCAAUUUAACUGAGCAAAUAGCACUGCUGGGUGAUUUGAAGUCAGUCAUAUUGAUCAAUAAUAACACUCUUGGCAAUUUUUAUUUUAUUUACAAUCUGUAAACUGAGAAUAGAAAAGGUUCAGAACUUUGAAACGGUGCAGUUAAUAUGGGGGGGGGACUAAAAACAAACGGUGUAGAAGCCUAAACAUGGUUGUCCAUUAGUUUCCUCCAAUUAGGGAAGGGGUGGUAGUUAGGAGGAAAAUAUAUUUACCUAAAGUCACAAUCUGCAAUAACUGAUCUACCCCCUCCCCUGAAAAAUGUACUAAAUAGAUGAGUGCUCUGAUGCUCUUUGAAUAUAUCUUAAGUACAAUGUAUUGUAAAAUAAGUUGAUGUUUUAUAUGCCAAUAUUGCCAUCCUAUUAAAAAGAUGCUGGUGAUCCAAACAGUAACAACCAUAUUGAUUGUGUUGUACCAAACACACAGUAUGCAUGUAUCCCUUUACGCCAUUCCAGACCUGCACUGCAGUGAUCCUUUGUGUUGUCACUAGUAUACUGGAACUGUGGUCUAGUUAGCCCUCAACCCUUCAUGUUCAGUGGGACCGUCUAUACAUGCCUUUUUUUUCUUCAGCAAAGGGCCUACUCAUUCAUGCCCAUGUGCCUGACAUCUCUACAUGAGCCACAAACCACAUCCAGCCUGUAUUCUCACUUCAGAGAAACUAAAGUGCUUAGUUUCUAUUGUCAUGUAUUGUAGAAAAUAAGUAUUGGUUGAGUUCGGUUUUAAUUCUCUUUACACUUUUCAUUCAGGAAGGUUGCUCAUUUACAAUUUCAAGAUUAGUGUGUAUUUGAUGGGCAGGUAAGAGGUAUUUUCAGAAUGUGAUGUUUAUACUGUAGUAACUCAACUAAAGAUCUAUUUUAAGCCCCCAAUCUAUUGGGUGAUAUGUUUCUAGAACCUUGAAUACAAGUGUGAAGUCAGAUAGGAUUGCAUAUGUAGGUGAGAGUAGAUUGUUUUCUAUGAAAUAAAACCCUGCCUGUGGAUCUGUAA